AUGGCUGAUCCGUUUGCUCCCUUGAUUCCAGACUCAGCAAACAGCUUGCAGCGCCUUGGAUAUACCAUGCACAUCACGAUUGGGCAAAACAGACAGACUAUGUAUUUGCCAAUCGAUGAGCACUUCAUAACCCAAUUUUGCGAAGGGCUUCGGCAGCACAACUUCCAGGUCUUCGUUUUUGACGUCACUCCUGGGACUGGCGACGAAGUCCUCACUGGGAUGACCGGUCGUGUUAUUGUCGAAGGAGUCUAUUCCCACUAUAUGGACUUUCCUGCCUCGGAGCUUCAUGCAGAAUUCAAUGCACAAUUCAGUGCAAAUGGCCCAUCUAGGAAAAGAAAACAAAUCGGCGGGGAAACCCUGACGCAAGCGGCAAUUAGUUGGUUGGAAAAACCAAAAGCAGAAAUGACGUCACAGUUCAUGGAUGUCGGCGCGUAG